AUGGUUCAUGCAUCUCUGCGGAAAUUGGUAUUACUUUUUCUUCUUCUGAUCACGUCUUCCUUCUUUUAUUAUUACUCUUUCUAUGUUUUUAUUCUUGUACUCUUUACAUUGUUUGUUCUUUUGUUUUAUUUUGUAUUUUUUUCUGUUCUUUUUUCCCUUUAUUCUUCUCUGUUUAUUAUUCUUCAUAUUCUUAUUAUUAUUCAAUUUUUAAUCUUUAUAUUCUCCUUCUUCCUUGUAUUCAUUUUUCUUUCCUUUGUAUUUUCUUCUAUUUUGUGUUCUUUGUAUUUUCUUUUCUUUUUUUCUUUUCCCUUCGUUUAUUCCUAUUAUAGUUGUAUUCUUAUCAUUCUUCAUAUAAGAAUUCUUAUUUUCAUUCCUAUUCUUAUUCUUUUUAUUGUUUUGCUUUUUGUAUUCUUUUUCGUUCUCUUUUUUUCUACUAUUUUGUGUUCUUUUUUCUUUUCAUUUUUCUUUUUUUAUUACUUUCUUUCCGUUAUUCCUUGGAUUCAUGCCACCAUUCUUCAUAUUUUCAUUAGCAUUCAAUUUUUAAUCUUCUUCUUUGUAUUUUCCUCUAUUUCAUGUCCUUUUUUUUCUAUUUUAUUCUUCUUUGUAGUUUCUGUUUUUUGUACUCUUACUAUCUUUUUUGUAUUCUUUUCAUUACUGGAUUUUCUUCUAUUUUAUAUUUUUCUAUUUUUUUUUCUUCUUUUACUCUUUCAUAUGUAUAAUUGUUCGUAUUCUUAUUACUAUUUUUGUUUUCUUCUAUUUUUCUAUUUUCCUUCUUUUAUUCUUUCAUUUAUAUUAUUCUUUGUAUUCUUAUUAAUUGUUUUCUUCUUUUCCCUUCUUUUAUUUUUUCAUCCAUAUUAUUCUUUGUAUUUUUAUUACUAUUCUUGUUUUCUUCUAUUUUUCUGUUUUUUUCUUUUAUUCUUUCAUUUUAUUUUAUGUUCUUCUAUUCAUUUUUCUUUCAUUCAUUCUUUUUUAUUAUUGCUUGUAUUCUUAUUUUCAUUCCUAUUCUUGUUCUCUAUAUAUUUCUUCUGCUUCCUUCUAUUCAUUUUGUUUGUAUUCUUUUAUUUGUCUUUUGCAUUUUCUUCUAUUUCAUAUUCUUUUUUUAUUCUUUUUCCUUCUUAUUCUUUCCUUCCUAUUAUUGCUCAUAUUAUCAUUAUCAAUCUUAUUCUUUGCAUUUUUCUUCAUCUUAUUAUUCAUACGUUUCUUCCUACUACAACAACAAUAAAUUAA